CUGAGUCUAUUUUAUAUUGAAGUAAAUAUUUAGUUAAUCUGAACGAUACACUAUAUAGGAUAGAACAUAAGAAGAGAUAAAGACUACAAAAUCUACGAGAACGACUAAUAACAAACAAAGCCAUCACAAUGAACUGAUAUAACACUUGAAAAAUAACAAAAACGCUCAUUUCUGUAUGAAGUAGCCACUGAUGAUGGUCUCCAGACAACAAAUCAAAACUUUAAAAUUAAACCAUCUAACUGAGAGAACAAAAUUAAAAUCACUCGUUUAUUUUAGUCACUAACUAACCAAAAUGAAUGCACCAUAGUAACUAAUUUAAAAGAAGAAAGGCAUAAUUUUCUGAUCAGAGAUAUUAGCACUCAUGAAUUUUAUCUGAAAUACCUACAUUAAAUAUUUCUCUGAUAAAGCAUUAAACUUAAAGUUAUAUGAUCUAGAAGUGUAUUUGUAAUUCAUCUAUCUUAGGAACUAUUAAAAAUGAACAAGCCAAAAAUACAAAUAUGCCCAAGUUUCAACUAAUCAAAAUAACAUCCCCUGCCUAACCUUGAUCAUCUGACAAUUGAUAAAAGUACCGGAACAUAUGUAAUAUGUAAUACUAAUUACUUUAUAUUCUUUCUUCCAUUCAUUAUUGAUCAGUUGUUAUUUACGGUAGAAACACCCACGUAUUUUCCUACACCCAUAGUGUAUGUCAUAUUUUUGUUGUUGUUGUUGGGUAUAUUUAAGGGCAAAUUCAUUGAAAUUGGAGCGUUUAAUUUAUUAAAUAUGCUUAGUAUUCAAUUGAAUUCUAUUUUAUAUCUCCUCAUAUUUAAUUGUGUUAAUAAACUUGAUGGUUUAAAAUUAUCAAAAUUAUGUACAACUCUUACAGUUAAUCUAAGAAGUCAAAUAAGUAUCAAUCGAAAUGUAAGCUUAAUCGUAUCAUCAUUAUCAUCAUCAUCGGAUAUGCAGUCUCAUUUAAAUCAAUUAAAGUAUCAAGAUAAAGUAAUGAUGGAUGAUAAUGGAUUUGAAUUACGUAUUCGAAGAGUAAAUGAUGGUGUUAUGAUUGAUGAAUGGUAUGAACCUGGAAGAAAAUAUUAUGUAAUAUUGACAAAUCGAUUUCAUUCAGUAGGAUUUCGUGAUGGAUUAAUAUGGAUUGAACCUAAUAUGAAUAAGGAAAAAAUGAUGAUGAAUAUAAAAAUGGAUUCAUCAACUCUUGUGGAUAGUAAAUCACUUAAUGGACAACUCAAUUCAAACACAUUAACAGAUAAUAUGAACAAUUGCUCUUCUAGAGAGUUAGGCGAAUGGAUUCAUUUAACUAAUCAGGAUCCAAAUAAUAAUAUUUUAUCUGAUUUAUGGACAACAGAGACAGCAGUCACUCAAACAAGAUUAGGUUGUGAAGGUCUUACAGCUGAGAAGAUCUCACGUACUCAAAGACUUGUUACAAAAAUGAUCGUUAUAUGGAAAGCACCAUUAAAAGAUAAAUGUGGUUGUAUCAAUAUUAAUGCAGCUGUACAAACACAUAAUGAACAAAGAGAAAUAUUUUCCGCUAUAGGUGGUUUGACCAAAACGCUUUGUCCAAGUUAUACACGACCACCAAGUCCUGUUCUUCCAGCUUACAUGUUACCUGUAAAUGAUAGAAAUGUCGAAAAUUCUAUGAAGGGAAGAACGAUGAAGUUAUCACAUGAUGAAUUUAUGCAUUUGGAUAGUAUGCAACCUCAAGACUGUUGUGCAUGUGGUUCAGCAACUUAUAAGCUCACCUUUACUGGUAUGUGGACUAGAGCAACACAUCCAAAAGACUGGCCCGUUCACAAUCCUGGAGCACUUCACUGGACUAACCUUAUCGGUGCUAGUCACUCACCGAGUUUCCAAAUUUACCGUAUGGGAGAACCAGCAAGUGCUGGAGUUCAAGCUGUUUGUACGUAUGGUGACACAACUGUAAUGAAACAGUCACUCGGGAUCGCUGCUACAAACACAGGUUCUUUAGGAGGAGUUCCAUCUGGAACUCAAAGAGGUUCUACCGGUAUCGGACCGUUACUAAGUCUAGUGUCUGCUCCAGGCAUGUGGGGAGAAGAAGCUCUUGAAGAGACGAGAACAACUUAUGUUGGCGUAAAUAGAACACAUCCUUUAAUUUCAUUUUUAACAAUGCUUGGACCCAGUCCUAAUUGGUGUACAGGUAUUUCCAGUCAAUCAGUUUGUCAAGCGGACUGCACUUGGGUAAAAAACAUUGAAAUUGACUUAUUUCCUUGGGAUGCUGGAGCUCGUAACGGUGAUACAUAUCUUCCUAAAAAUUCAGAUAACAAGGAUGUUCCAGAACCUAUUCGUUUUAUCACCAGAGACUGGAUGCCAAAUAGUCCAUUCACACCAGGCGUCCCGGUAGCAAAAUUAAUCUUGGAGAGAGUUUUACCUAAUGAAUCAUGGGAAUGUACUUCAAAGUUGUACGAUGGGGUGGAGCUAUUUCAUGCCGAUGGAAGUACAGAAACAGUAGGUUCCAGACCAGGAUCCCAAUCUAAUAAACAUUCUCCGAUAGUUCAGUCAGUUAUAGGGGAUUUAACAGGCGCACUACCAAAAAAAACUCGAAACAAAAUUGGUAGUGGUGGAGUAGGCGGAACACGAAUUACAAGUGGAGGACUAGGUGGGGAUGAUCCUCUAUCAGAUCCAAGUUUGGCACAGAUGGCCACAUUUCUAUGUGUUACAAGUCCUUGGUCAGCCUGGGGGUCGUGUUCAGUUACCUGUGGUGUUGGUCGUCGAACUAGACAACGUGACAUGCUGAUCAAUAAGAAGACAGAGCUUUGUCAACAUGUUCCAUUAGUUGAAGAAGAGUCAUGUGAUGGUAUAAAACGCACAUGUGAUUUCAGUGCUAUGUGCAGCUUAUUACCAUGGACUGCUUGGACCCCAUGUAAUGCUACUUGUGAUAAACCGCAUGGAUGGCAAACACGUACACGUUAUUUAGCCCGCUCAUCAGAAAAGAAUUAUUGCGAACAUAUAUUUCCAAGUGAAACCGAGUCAAACAAUGGCACUUUACGAGAAUUGAAGGAAUGUCAGCCAAAAGAUACAGAUUGUGAUCCGGCUACAAUAUGUUCAGAGGGUAGAAAAGAUGGUAUAGAAUGUGGUGAAAAAGUUUUAGCAUACUACUAUAGUGCUAUUGAACAUGCAUGUUUACCAUUCAAAUAUUUAGGAUGUAAAGGUGGGCGUAAUCGAUUUCCUACAAAACAAGAUUGCGAAGAUUUAUGCAUUCCAGCUGUUGAAGCACUACCUAAUUGGCGAAGAGAACGGAUAGCUUUAUUGCAAUAUCAAACAGCUCAAUUAGCUACAGAUAGUAAUGAUUUUAAAAAUCAAUCGAUUUCUCCAGCUAAACACUGUUCUCAGGUAAUGGACCCUGGUUAUACUUGCAUGAAUGAUAACCCACCACAGAACAGAUGGUAAGUUAUAACUUUAUUUAUUAUUUAGUCGAGGUUUUGGCUUUAAAAUUAAGCAGUAAAUAGUUGUUUUGUUUUAAUCUAGAUUUUCUCAAUUCAUGUAAAUAGCCUACGAAUGUUUACAUUGUCGUGAACUUUCAUUUAUCAAGCUUGACCUGUUUGAGUUUAUAAAAAACGAUGUUUUAAUAGGACUUUAAAGCAUUUAUCUUGAGGAUAAGUUAUUACUAAAUGGUAUAUUGUCGUUCAGAUUGAUAUAUGAAAAAAGUAGAUUCAGAGGGUCUUUAUUGUAUUAAAGUUUUCGAUGCUUUUUCAACUGAUGUUAACACGUAAUAAUACACUAACAAGGUUAAAUAACUAAAUGACAUUGAAUUCAGUAAAAUUCAGGCUUAUUAGGUAACAAUAUUUUUGGCCAAAGUCUACUUUUCCCUGUUGCCUGGGAAAUCUCAGUGAUGUAAACGGGAAACUGGUUUAUUUUGUAAAGCUAUGAAACAUUAAAACAUUCAUAAAUAACAUCAAGCUUCAGAGUGGAAGAUUAGGACACACAUUACAUGCAGUGUUUUUGAUGAAGUAUAAUAAUUUUUACUACCCAACUUAUAUUAUGACUAAGAUCAAGGCUUCAUAAUCAAAAGUAAUAAGUGUAAACUUGAUUUAUGUAGUAUGUAAUCACUAGUACCUUGUUGAAUACAGUCAAUUAAAAGACUAAGAUGACGGGAAUAUAUCAAAAAGACACAGAACGUACACCUGAAU